UAGGAGACGGACUCGUACCAUGUUCUCACCUGUGCUUUCUCCCAGGCCCUGCCAUGUCCAUGCCUCAGCCAGAGCAGGAAGACCUGCCUGAAGGCAGGAAGGAUGAGGAACCCGCGCAGGGCACGCAGCACUCCCAGCGUAUGCUCAGCUUCAGCGAUGCCUUGCUGUCCAUCAUUGCCACUGUCAUGAUCUUGCCUGUGACCCACACGGAUAUCUCCCCAGAACAGGAAUUCAACAAGGGCAUCCAGAAACUUCUAGCCACCAGGAUAGCUGUGUACCUGAUGACUUUCCUCAUUGUCACUGUUGCCUGGGCAGCGCACACAAGGUUGUUCCAGCUAGUUGGGAAAAUUGAUGACACGCUCGCCCUCCUCAAUCUGGCCUGCAUGAUGACCAUCACCUUCCUUCCCUUCACAUUUUCCCUGAUGGUGACCUUCCCUGAUGUGCCCUUGGGAAUCUUCCUGUUCUGCGUGUGUGUCAUCGCCAUCGGUGCUGUGCAGGCACUGAUCGUGGUGUACGCAUUCUACUUUCCACACCUCCUGGACCCCCGGAUCGGGUGUUCCGCCCACAGGGGUCUGUACCAGCGGCACAUCCUGGGCAUUGUGCUCCGUGGGCCUGCGCUGUGCUUGGCCGCUGCCUGCUUCUCCCUCUUCUUCUACCCGCUGUCCUACCUGCUGAUGGCCACCGUCAUCUUCCUCCCCUAUGUCAGCAAGGUCUCCAGCUGGUGCAAGGGCAGACUCAUGGGCCCCAGGGAGCCUCUGGCCCCCAGCAUGGAGCUGUUUACCUUCGACCUGCAUGAGCCCCUCAGCAAGGAGCGCGUGGAGGCUUUCAGUGAUGGUGUCUAUGCAAUCGUGGCCACACUGCUCAUUCUGGACAUCAGUGAAGACAGCAUCCCGGACCCCAGAGACGUGAAGGACAAGUUCCACGGUAGCCUGGUGGUGGCGCUGAGUGAGUUCAGCCCACGUUUUCUAGCCUACUUUGGCUCCUUUGCCACAGUGGGCUUGCUGUGGUCUGCCCACCACUCUUUGUUUCUGCAUGUGCGCAGAGCAACACAGAUCAUGGGGCUGCUCAACACGCUAGCAUUGGCCUUUGUGGGUGGCCUGCCAUUGGCCUACCAGCAGACAUCAGCCUUUGCCCGGCAGCCAAAAGACGAACUAGAGCGUGUACGCGUCAGCUGCGUCAUUAUCUUCUUUGCCAGCAUCUUCCAGUUUGCUAUCUGGACUGUGGCUCUGCUGCACCAGAGUGAGACACUGCAGCCGGCCACUCACUUUGGGGGCCGGGAGCACGCCUUCAUGUUCGCCAAGCUGGCACUCUAUCCUUGUGCUAGCCUCCUGGCCUUUGCAUCUACCUGCUUCCUGAGCCGUUUCAGCACCACCAUCUUCCAUAUCAUGCAGCUGGCCAUGCCCUUAGCCUUCCUGCUGCUGCGCCUGCUCGUGCGCCUGGCCCUGGCUGCCUUGCGGGCACUGCGGCCAGCCAGCCCCCGUGGUGAGGAAGACACGCACUCCCCACUGCUCCCUGGCCCCCACUUGUGAGUGGCUUCCUUCUUCGUCAAGAGACACUCUUGGGACCUGUCAUUAAAAGGAGCUGGCCCCGGGCAGCAUUUGGAGGUCCCCAGGCAGAGAACAAGGCAUGAGGACAGCAAGACCAGGCUGUAUUUAUUCUGGACAUUGCAGUGGGUGCGGUGGGGAAUGGUCAGUCACAGGCCCGUCAUUAAUUACAGCACUAAGUCGGAAACA